AACAAAUGGAAGAAAAGAGUUUGGCUUAAGAAAAGGCUAUCAUUCUGAUGCGGAGUCUGGAUACUCUCUCUAUUCGACUGACUCUGAAGAUCAGGCAAUUAACUUGACUUUUUAAUACCAUCAUCUCUGUUAAUCUAGAGAGACAGGAAACUGGAAUACCUUGAAAAAUAGGAUAAUCUAGACAGUACUGCAUCUGUACUAGAACUAGCAUUUGCAAAGCCAGCUAAAGUUUCUAAACUACAUGGUGCAGAUACAUUUAGGUUGGUUUUGUGUGGAAUGAAUUUGGCUCUGAGAGAGCUUAUUAAGGAUCUAUUUUAUGAACACAGGUGUGUUGUUUACGAAAUAGAUCUGGCCCUGGCAGAAGUACAGCCAUAUUUGUGAGGUGUUGUGCCGAAAAGAAUUAAGUGAUAUAGGGUCCAUGCUGCUGUUCUUGUGCAGCACUGGGUCAGUUUAUCUCCAAACUAAUAUCCUGUGGAUAAUAGUUUAGCUUCAUGCAAAUAACAAUAAAUACCACAUAUAUGCAAUUACAAAACAAAAUCCACCAAAUGGACAUGUAUGCAACACACAAUUUAAGUUUUUUUUCCCCAAAAAUCACACGUUUGCAAAAUUUGCAAACUUUCAUGAAAUUGCAAAGUAAUGUAUGAGAAAAAUCACAUUUUUGCUCAUUAUCACAGUUAGUUUUUUUAGAUUACAGAGUAAGAAACAGUCCCUUCUAAAAUAAUAUCUUGGUUUACUGAAAGAAAACAGUGAUACCUAUUUUCUGACUGCAGUAUUCUUUGUGCAGGUUGAUACUAUUCAUAAUGGACUUGACCGUUGUGCAGCUUUACUGCAGAAUAUUUUACAAAAUGAGGCUACAGGUUGUACCUACUAAAAAAUUGAGUUAUAUUUUUAGUUCCUGUAGGACUAUUUUAAUUUGUUUUGUUGACUGGCUUUUUGUUUCAAAUAAUAUUAGGCAGGGAGACUAUCCAUAAACAACCUGGGAAAACCAGUUCUGUUAAAAUUACUUCCAAGUCUGUGAUAACCAAAGGAAAUACCUGCAAGAAGAAAGGGUUGAAAAAAACCAUUGCCGCUACCCACGUGCGAAAAGAAAUCAGUGGGUCCAGGGCUAGAUCGACAAAGGAAACUUUUUCCCUCUGGAAACCUGAAGUACUUUAACAAUUAACUAGAAUUUACAGCUGUUUGAGCUUUACGUGCAGCAAAGAAAAUUGGAUGCGUUUUCAAACACCAACAUCAUCAGGUUCAGCCAGUAGGAGAAUGAUAAUACCACACCCCAUUUCUCCUGGGGAGUUAAGUACCGCAGUACUUAAUCUCUUUAGCAUACACAGCUAUAAACUGUCCUAGAGAUAGGCGUCCAGUUAAGCUUUUCUCACAUAUAACACUUUCUGGAAAUAGGAAAGUGUUAAAAUAUAUAGUAACAAGAACUCAUGAGAUUUAGUGGCUAGAGCACUUGAACAGAAAACAAGAUGAAGUAUUGUAGCUGGAGUGGCUCUCAGCUGAAAAUAUUCCACUUUUUAUUUGCGUUUGUCUCCCUCUCUACCCCACUUCCUUUCUGUGAUGUCUAAUAUGGCAAGCAUAAUGUGGAAAUGCUUACAGGCAGGACUUGUAGACUAGCUACAUAGCAGAAUGCCUGUUGUGGGAAUUACAGAAGGUGGACAUACAGCUAAUGUCCUUCUAGCUCUGUAAAAAUAUGGUAGUUUUGAUUAUAAGAAACUUAGGUUUGGAGAGUGCUUUAGCAUGGGUUAUUCCCAAUGGCCUAAAAGAUUAGGGAGCAACUAAGCAGAGGCUAAGAAUUGUAUUUUAGAAUUGGCCUUCCGUGGGUUUAAAUCUCUGUGCUUCCUUCAAGGAAGUCUGUCCAGCUUGUGUGGGUUGCUGUAUCGGGAGGGGAAAAAAAUUAGAUUAGUUUGCUGCUGGAUAAAAGUCUGAUUGGAAUCUUAGGUGGUGGGGGCUUGGCUUGUUUCGUUUUGUUUUUAUUGUUUUUCAAAGGAAUAUUCCUGCCCGAGUCUGCCUGAUAACACUCUGGGUUGAUGUAGAUCAAGAAGAUGGACAGCCUCAGCUGUUUUGUUUUUCUUCUCUCUAUAGUGCCUAUAUCAAAUAGGAAACAUGCCUCAUCUACCACACCUUCUACUGGGAAAGAACUUACCAGUGCAGCACAGAAUCAGCUGGUUCAACCAAUUAAUGUGCCUUGCAGUCAAUACUCUCCUGUGAUGCAUCAAAAAUUUUGUUGUCAAAAUGUUACAGCUCUUAAUUAUCGGCUGUCUACAUCCACACCAACUCUGUCCCUGCAGCAUUCAGCUAAUCCUUUAUCUACUCAGUCUGGUGUCUCUGCAGACAGUAGCAAUGAAUGUGUGCCCCAGAUAGGAAGAACUGUGGUUUGCCCAGUAGUUUCUGCUCCUGCUACCACUACUGCACAAAUACAGCCUGACACUGCUCUUUCUGGUAUGAUGCCUUGUAUAGUAUCAGGUGCGUCAAGUAACUCUACAGUGCCUACAUUCAACCCAUCAUCUUCUGGCAAAGAGACCACCCCAAACCAAGAGCAGCGGAUAAAAGAAGCAGAUUUGAUAAGAUGUAUACAAGCUCACCUGGCCUUGUUACAACCACAUGAAACAAACAGCAGGACUGAACAGAAGCAUCAUCGAUGUCCAGCACAACAUAAUGUCUCAAGCAAUAAGGAGGAGGAUGCUUCUGAAGAACACAGUGAAGACGCGAUCAGUGAAGUAGAGGAACUGAAUGUACUUGACAUUGCUCCAGUGAGAGAUACAAGCUGUCAGACAAGUUUUGUCAAGAAAGUUCUAAAAUCUAAAAGAGAAAGUCCAGAAAAAACAGCCCAUAAAGUUAGAACAGUAAAAUAUCUUUUGGGAGAGCUCAGAGCACUGGUAGUAGACCAAGAUGAUUCAGAGAUGUUAAGGUUGAUGACUGAAAUAGAAGACUGUGUAUCACUGCUGCCAGCUGUAGUGGGAAGUACAAAUAUACAAGCUGAAAUAGCGCUAGCUAUACAGCCUCUUAGAAGUGAAAAUGCCCAGUUGCGUAGGAGGCUAAGAAUAUUAAACCAGCAACUCAGGGAACGAGAGAGAAAUGAGAAGACAUCUGGACAGAACUGCAACUAUGAAUUAGUUUCUCUGCAGUCACUGAAUAUGAUGCUCCAGAGUCAAUUGAAAGAAUCACUGAAAGGUCUUGAGUCACUGCAGACUAAAAAUGAAGAACUACUUAAAAUAAUAGAAAGUCAGAAAGAAGAAAAUAAACAUGUUGCAAAAAGUAUCCAAGACAAAGAUAAAGAAUUGCUUGAAAACAAACAGCAAUAUGACAUUCAUGCCACCAAGCUCAGGAUUGAAGUAGAAGAGGCAUUAGCAAAUGUGAAGAGCCUUCAGUUUAAGCUGGAAGCUUCAGAGAAAGAAAAUCAGAUUUUGGGCAUAACAUUACGUCAGCGUGAUGCAGAAGUGAACAGACUGCGUGAGUUAACGAGAACCUUGCAGGGCAGUAUGGCCAAGCUUCUGUCUGACCUCACAGUGGACAAUAUCAGAGCCAAACCUGAAAAAGGUCUCUCGAAGUCUCUUUUGGAACACCAUGAGAAACAGAUGCAGUCUGAUCCAUUUCCUGUGAGUACUUCGGUAAUGACUUAUCUUAGAAAAUUAGACACUGAUCAUAUUUUGACAGAUGCAGAACGUCAGUUCUCAAACAAAAGCAGGGAAUUAGAAAUGCUAAAUCUAGCCUAUGGAAAGUUUGCUGCUGAAGGAACUAAAAUAAACAGUACAUUCUCAGAAGAAGAAACCACGGCUCCAGAAAUUGUACCAACCUUACAGAAGCAAGACAGAGAAGCAGCUAGUGAUUCUGAGACUUUACUAGAUGACCAAAACAAACUGGAUGAGACUAUUUAUAUUCCAUUGACUAGCAGUGCCUCUAAAAAUCAGCUGCCAGUGUCUGAGAGAACUGGUAUGCAACCCCAGAUCAGAGGGGCUUGUAAGAUGUUGGACUUCAACUAUGAACUCUCAAACUCCGAGCAGCGGAACGGAUGUGAGGUGUCAGAGGACCCCGCUAUUUUGGAUAAAUUAAGUGCUGGAUACAGUUUGAAAAAGACCAUAGAAAACACACUUGAAGCUACAGAGGAUACAGCGAAGCUGGAAGGAGACAGAGUCCAAACGAGGCCAAAAGAUUUUACAGACAAACCAGACCAACCUCAACUUAGUACAUACCCGCAUGUUCCAGUGCUCUUUCACAAAGAGAAUUCUCAGAAAAAAGGCAGUGAAAUAUCUGAUGUUAGUUCUGUUUCAUUUGAUGACAUUUCAGGGAAGUCUGAAUGGAGUGCAUCCUCUUUCUCAACGUUUACUUCUCGAGAUGAAGAGGACUUUAAGAAUGGCUUAGCAGCUUUGGAUGCCAACAUAGCUAAGUUACAAAAAACUCUGCAAAAUAGCAUUAUGAAACAAUGAAUAUGAAGAAACAAACUGGUGUGUACGUGUUUAGAUAACUUAGGUUUUUCUGAAGUAUACGAAUAAGUAUGGUACUGAUCUUAACUUUUUUUUUUUCCUGUAUGAAGUGGCUAGCUCCUAGGUGUUUAAAUUAUGAAUGGAAUUUGUUCCUCAUUAAGUUAUGGUGCUGCUUCCUUUGAUGUAUACAGCUUCAAAUGACUGGUAAAAAUGCCUUUAUCUAAAUUACUUCGCUUUAUACUCUUAGUUGCAGAAAUAAUUCUUAGCACAGCGUUUGAUAACUUUUUAAGAAAUGGGUGUGCUGUUGGCGAUACAGUUUUUCUAUUAAAUGAUGAGUAUCCUUA